CGUGCGCAGUGCGUCUCUCAGGGCUCUCGAGCCGUCGUCGGCCGGCGACGCGCGGCGGCGCGGCCUGGAGAUUUUAAUUUAAUUUGAAAAUGAGUAAGUGCAGAAAACCACCCCUGGGUUCAAGUCCUGAGACAUUCAGCCCAGAUGUUGUUGCUGACAUUUUUGAACUCUUUGCCAAGAACUUUUCUUAUGGCAAGCCACUUAAUAACGAGUGGCAAUUACCAGAUCCCGGUGAGAUUUUCACUUGUGACCACACGGAAUUUAAUGCAUUGCUUGAUUUGAAGAACUCCCUAAAUGAAGUAAAAAACCUACUGAGUGACAAGAAAUUGGAUGAGUGGCAUGAACACACUGCUUUUACCAAUAAAGCUGGAAAAAUAAUUUCUCAUGUGAAAAAAUCUGUCAACGCUGAACUUUGUACUCAAGCGUGGUGUAAGUUUCAUGAAAUUUUGUGCAGCUUUCCACUUAUUCCACAGGAAGCUUUUCAGAAUGGAAAACUGAAUUCCCUACACCUUUGUGAAGCUCCUGGAGCUUUUAUAGCUAGUCUCAAUCACUACUUAAAAUCCCAUCGGUUCCCCUGUGAUUGGAGUUGGGUAGCUAAUACUUUGAAUCCAUACCAUGAAGCAAAUGACAAUCUUAUGAUGAUUAUGGAUGACCGACUUAUAGCAAAUACCUUGCAUUGGUGGUACUUUGGUCCAGAUAACACCGGUGAUAUCAUGAACUUGAAAUAUCUGACUGGACUUCAGAAUUUCAUAAGCAACAUGGCUACCAUUCACUUGAUCACUGCAGAUGGGAGUUUUGAUUGCCAAGGAAACCCAGGUGAACAAGAAGCUUUAGUCUCUUCUUUGCAUUACUGUGAAGUUGUCACUGCUCUGACGACUCUUGGAAAUGGUGGCUCUUUUGUUCUGAAGAUGUUUACUUUGUUUGAACAUUGUUCCAUAAACCUGAUGUACCUGCUAAACUGUUCUUUUGACCAAGUCCAUGUUUUCAAACCUGCUACUAGCAAGGCAGGAAACUCAGAAGUCUAUGUGGUAUGUCUCCGUUAUAAGGGAAGAGAGGCAAUCCAUCCUCUGUUAUCUAAGAUGGUGCUGAACUUUGGGACUGAAAUGACCCAGAAAGCUCUCUUUCCCCAUCAUGUGAUUCCCGAAUCUUUUCUUAAAAGGCAUGAAGAAUGUUGUAUGUUCUUUCAUAAAUACCAGCUAGAGACUAUUUCUGAGAACAUUCGUCUGUUUCAGUGCAUGGGAAAAGGGGAACAAACAAAACUAAAUACUUUAAGGGACUGUGCUGUUCAAUAUUUUAUGGAAAAGUUUCAGUUGAAGCCUCUUUCCAGAAAUAAUUGGCUAGUGAAAAAAUCUAGUAUUGGUUGUAGUACAAAUACAAAACGGUUUGGGCAGAGGAACAGAUAUUUUAAAACCUAUAAUGAAAGGAAAAUGCUGGAAACCCUUUCAUGGAAAGAUAAGGUGGCCAAAGGAUACUUUAAUAGUUGGGCGGAAGAACAUGCUGUGUAUCAUUCUGGGCAGAGUUCUCUCUUAGAAGGGACAGCUUCCAGUCUUGAGUGUCACUUAUGGCAUAUUUUAGAGGGAAAGAAACUGCCAAAGGUAAAGUGUUCUCCUUUCUGUGAUGGUGAAAUUUUAAAGGCUCUUAAUGAAGCAAUUGAAAAGUCAUUAGGAGGAGCCUUGAAUUUGGAUUCCAAGUUCUGGCCCAAACAGCAGGAUUAUUGUUCUUGUCAUAUUUUUACUGAAGAACUGAUAUUUACUGAGUUGUUUAGCCUUACCAAGUGCCUUCAGGAUGAGCAGGUCGUAGAACCCAGCAACCGAAUAAAGUGCCUGCUUGUGGGCUUUCCAACCCUCAGUGACAUCAAAACGCAUAUACCGUUGGAAGUUCAGUUCUUGGAACCAGCGGAACUCAUGACUUGCAGCUGUUCGUUGCUUCAUGAUGGAGACCCAAUUUAUCAGCAGCUGUUUUUGGACUGCUUUCUACGUGCGUUGCAGCAGCUUCAGACAGGAGAUGCUAUGAUUUUGCCUGUACUUUCUUGUUUUACGAGAUUUAUGGCUGGUUUGAUUUUUGUACUCCACAAUUGUUUCAGAUUCAUCACAUUUUCUUGUCCCACUUCCUCUGAGCCCCUGAAGACCUGUGCAGUCCUGCUGUGUGUGGGUUACCAGGACCUUCCGAAUCCAGUUUUCCAGUAUCUGCAGAAUGUGAAUGACUUGUUGAGCUCUUUGCUGAAUUCUGAUGCACCCCAGCAGGUUUUACAGUUUGUGCCAAUGGAGGUGCUCCUUAAGGGGGCACUGCUUGAUUUUUUGUGGGAUUUGAAUGCUGCCAUUGCUAAAAGGCAUUUGCAUGUGAUUAUUCAAGGAGAGAGAGAAGAAAUCAUCAGCAGCCUUCAGCUAUGAAAUUGAAACUUUCUGAGAUUUAACUUUAUGACUUCUUACAGUUUCCAUUGUUAUUGUAGUCUUUUGCUGUUAAUUUAAAACCUUUCAUUUGAGGGAAAGGCCAACUUUUGCAUCAUUGAAAGUCUCAUUAUUUCUGGAAAACCACCAGCUAGUUCUGAUCUCAUAUAUAUGCCCAUAGGCAUAGAGUUUUCCAUGUGGUGCAGUCUAUGCAGUGAUGAAACUCAACCUCCGACGUGAGAUGUGUGUGGGUGGAUGGGGUGGACACACCCAUACUUAUUUAAGCAGUUUUGUUGGUCGUACUUAUCUGUUUAAGAUUUGCACCCAUGUGCCUUCAUUCAAAUUAGAUUUUUUCCCAACUGAUUUCCUCAGUGGAUAAUGCUGUUAGUAAAUUGAUAGACAUCUUUGAUGAAAGGAGGUGAAAACCUCAGCUGCACUGGUUUUCUUUACUCCUGACCACGUCACUUAUGGAUUCGGGGAACUCCUUUUGCCAGAUGCUGAAUAUGUGCCAUUCCUUGCCUUUAGGCCACUGACCCAGUUUACUGGUGUGGUUUAAAUGAAGCUAGUGUGCUGUUUUAUAAAUAUUUCACUAACCACAGCCAUCCAGCUAGUCCAUCCAGGACAACUUCAAACCAAAGAUCAUGUUUAAAACAAUGAAAAAUCACUGUGGCUAAUACACACAUGUAUCACGAAAAGCUUCAUUUAGCAAUCGUAGUAAUUUUUUUUUUUUAAUUUUUUUUUUCAACGUUUAUUUAUUUUUGGGACAGAGAGAGACAGAGCAUGAACGGGGGAGGGGCAGAGAGAGAGGGAGACACAGAAUCGGAAACAGGCUCCAGGCUCUGAGCCAUCAGCCCAGAGCCUGACGCGGGGCUCGAACUCCCGGACCGCGAGAUCGUGACCUGGCUGAAGUCGGACGCUUAACCGACUGCGCCACCCAGGCGCCCCAAUAAUUUUUAACUUCCAGGAAAUAAUCUGUGAACUAAAGGAUUUUUUUAGAUUGCAAAAUAGUGUGUAAGGUCUCAUAUUGGAGAUGUAUGAAUGUGAUGAACGUAGUGAACCCUAAAGAAAAAUUUUAACACUUCCAUAAUGAUGAUUCAACAUUUCAAAAUUUUUGAUUUUAUUUCUUUUUUCAGUAUGAAAGUAGCACUUUAUUAAAAGAUUAACCGUAAGAUGGUUAUUUUAUCAGUUAUGUCUGAUUGCUUUUAAAUUAUAUGUAUUCCACCACGUAAAUGAGCUUUUCUGGCAAACUGUAUUAAGCAAAUCUUCAUUACUUUGAAAUUACACAAAGUGGAGAGUGUACUCUCACAUGUGCAUUUUAGACAUUUGUGUUAUAUAAAAACGAGGUGUAUUCUCUCAUGUAUUUGGUUGAUAAAUAUUAAUCUGAAUUUUUAGAAUGUUCUUUGCUAUUUUGAGCUACAUUAUAGAUUCAUGAAUAAAGUCAUUAGCAGAGAGAUUUUGUGUUCGUCUUUUUUAAAGAGAAUCAUGGGGGAAGUUAAAAAUAUAACUUGGAAACAUUUUUUUUUUUAAGGAAGGUUUGAAUGGGAGUUAAUGUUCUUUCAUUUCCUCUGAUAUGUAUUCAUUAAAAUUUAAUUCUUAAUAUUGUAAUAUUUAUGGAAUUUCUACUUCGGGAAAGAAACUGAAUACUUAGGGAGGAGAAGGGGGUAGAUUGAGUUCUUGCCAAAGGGGGUACGGAGGCCUGGAGGGAGAUUUCCAAAAGAAUUGUAAUUUCUUAUUGGUGGGUGACUUUAUGGAAACGGUUCCAGUUGUAUAAUGAUAAAAAUCUGACAGAAAAUUGGUUACUAGGAGAGAAUUAAAAAUCACUCUUGGAAAACCA